CAUCUCACAUGAAAUAAACAUUCCUCUAUUCCCCAAAUUUUCAUUAUAAAUAGACCCUUAAUUGACACCCAUUAUAUUUCACUCUACACUCUCAUUCUCUCUCUAAAGAGUGGAAAUCAAUCAAAGCAACUCCCGCUCAACUCAACCAUUCCCUUGCAUUUUGCUAAAUUAAUUUCUUUUAAUAAAAAUUUAAUUAAUUUUAAUGAAUAAAAUGGAGGGAUUGGGUGCAAAUUUAGAUGAUGGAGAAUUAUGGAUUCCUUCUGAUAUUCUUCCAACUGAUGAACUUCAUCAUCACAACCGUCCAAUUGCUGCUGCUACUACUGUCAUUCAAGAUCCUAGCCGUCAGUUUCGUGACUUUAAUUUGCUUCCUCAUUCUCACUCUGUUUUUACUUCCUCUGUUUAUCAGCAGUUAGGAGUGUAUGGAGGAGUGGCACAGUAUGCAGUAACUGCUCCGUCUCCUACUCCAAAUGGGUGUUAUGGACUGACAGUGGGUCCCAUUGGAGUUGACCAUGCUCACUUCAACUGUCAUUCUGGUUCGACUUAUUACCAAACUCCUCCUAUGCUCGGGCCUCCACCUUACCCUCUUAACUCACCGGUUCAACCCUUAGAAGCUGAGCAGUUGACGGAGACAGGAUUCGCUAGGAGUGGUAUGCCUAUGCAUAGCCGGCAACCAUAUCCGAUUCAAGCAAAUGGUUUUGGGAUCGGAUAUAUGAAUGGCACUAGCGGCACUUCUGCUGGCACUGGUGUCUUCAUCCCCCGCUCCAUCGCUUCCUUGGGUGCUGCUGCCUCCAACAAUCGUAUAAAUCAGCAAAAUAACAAUCAAGGGUUCAAAAUAGAGGUGAUACCAAAGAAAGGAGGAGCCAAGAAGCAUGAGAAAAGGAAGAAAGUAGAGAAAAAUAACGGGUAUGACUAUCAACCAAUUGCUGCUUCUGAAGUGGUACUGCCAAAAAAAUGGAGCUACUAAAGACAUUGUUAUGAGCAAGCCGAGGGACGGAAGGAGUAGUAAUUAAUAUUGAUUGUACUAUUACUUGUAUCUUACUUGUAAUAGAGAGUGAUGGCUCACUUUUGUUGUCACCCUUGGCUUGAAACAUAAAUGUUGAUACUUUGGUAGACUAUUGAAU